UUAUAGGAAAUCAAAUUUUCACAGUCCGAUGUACCUCAAUUGGCAUUAGUAUAUGUGUGUAUAUUAAUUGUGGUUUUAGUGCAUGUUAAAAAAAAUAAAAGGGAGGAAAAAACCGAUCUCCGAAGGAUUUCAAAUUUUUACUUACAGCCAAGUAGUGAUUAACUGUUUUAUGACAUCAAAUAUUAAAAUGUCCUUGAUUUGAAACAACUUGUUUCAUAAUUUAAAUGCUUGCUGCAGUAUUUAGAUAUAAUUACAGCUUCACUCUCCAUGUCAUGGCCACUGACCCCCCUAUGGCAACGAAGUCUAGGCCUGCAAGCUCACCAUCUUCUCCGAAACCCACAUCAAGAAAGACCUCGUGGCCUAUCUUUACUGUUCUUUUAACAAUUCUAUCUCCUGUCUUGGUAGCUACACUCGUUUUCCAACUUGACUCGUUCGAACCAGCUCCCUUGCCGAUCCACGAGCUGACUCAGCCACCAUUGAAGGCUUUGAAGAAGAAUGAUCACAUGCUUCAAGGAUCAGAGCUUGUGGGCUUCAAGCAGUUGAUUGGACCAGAAGAUAUUGCAUAUGAUAGCAGUUCGGGUGUUAUUUACACUUCUUGUGCUGAUGGGUGGGUUAAACGAGUCACGAUUAAUGACUCAGUUGCUGACACCAUCGUGGAGGGCUGGGUUAACGCUGGAGGUAGGCCUCUCGUACUCGCCCUUGGACACGAUAAUGAAGUUAUUGUAGGCGAUGCUUACAAGUAUCUAGAUAACAUUAUCCAACCCCCUAUGGCAACGAAGUCUAGACCUGCAAGCUCACCAUCUUCUCCGAAACCCACAUCAAGAAAGCCCUCAUGGCCUUUCUUUACUGUUCUUUUAACAAUUCUAUCUCCUGUCUUGGUAGCUACACUCGUUUGCCAACUUGACUCGUUCGAACCAGCUCACUUGCCGAUCCACGAGCUGACUCAGCCACCAUUGAAGGCUUUGAAGAAGAAUGAUCACAUGCUUCAAGGAUCAGAGCUUGUGGGCUUCAAGCAGUUGAUUGGACCAGAAGAUAUUGCAUAUGAUAGCAGUUCGGGUGUUAUUUACACUUCUUGUGCUGAUGGGUGGGUUAAACGAGUCACGAUUAAUGACUCAGUUGCUGACACUAUCGUGGAGAGCUGGGUUAACACUGGAGGUAGGCCUCUCGGACUCGCCCUUGGACACGAUAAUGAAGUUAUUGUAGCCGAUGCUUUCAAGGGACUGCUAAAGAUAAGUGGAGAGGGUAAAGUGGAGCUACUAGCUGAUGAGGCCGAGGGUGUAAAAUUGAAGCUCACAGAUGCUGUAGAUAUAGCAGAAGAUGGCACCAUCUAUUUUACAGAUGCUUCAUAUAAAUACAAUCUGCUCGAGUUCUUCUGGGAUUUUUUGGAGGGUAAGCCAUAUGGUCGAGCAAUCAGCUAUGAUCCAGUUACCAAAGAGACCAAGGUUUUGGCCCAUGACCUCUACUUUGCUAAUGGAGUCGCGGUCUCACCAGAUCAACAAUAUGUGGUCUUCUGUGAAACAUUCAUGAGAAGGUGUAGAAAAUAUUACAUACAAGGAAAGAAAAAAGGGAGCCUAGAGACAUUCAUUGACAAUUUGCCAGGCUUGCCUGAUAACAUCCAUCAUGAUGGGCAUGGCCAUUACUAUAUUGCAUUAGCCUCGGGAAUCACAGUUGCACUGGACCUAGCACUCAAACAUCCUUUUCUUCGGAAGCUUAUGGGAAUCUAUACGAAGUACAUAGGGGAAAUUAAUGUGGUGAAGAAUAGUGGUGUUUUCAUCGUAGAUUUGGAAGGAAAACCAACGGAGCAUUACUAUGAUCCGGGUUUGGCAUUGAUUUCAAGUGGGAUCAGGAUUGGAAACCAUAUAUACUGCGGUUCCGUUGUCAGUCCCUACAUUGUCCGUCUUGAUGUCACAAAGCAUCCUGCACGAGCCACAGUGUAAGCAACACCCCUAUGAAGUGAUGUUCUUCGCAUUAUCAUAUUAUUCUAAUAAUGUAUCUUCUUCUUUCUUGACUACUUAUGGUAUUGUUGGCUAUGAAAUGGUCGAAGGACAAGAUUUGUUUCUUUUUCAACUAUAGAAAUUAUUCAGGGACAGAAAAUGAAUUAAAUAACUAUUUUCUAAUUGUGGCAA